CAUUGUCUAUAAACAAAGCGUGUCCUGCCCCCGUAAAACGUGGCCCAUUUCCUGCAGCAACGUCCACUGCUCUUCUCGUACGCCAUAUCGGUACCUUACAGGAGAAAUAUUUCGCACGAGAUCGAACUCGCUCUUCAAGAAAAUCACCGGAUAUGGGUAUUCCAGGACUCUUCGCUGAACUCGGCCCUGGCGAACGCGUUUCUCUGGCCAAAUAUGCAGCCGAUCACCAUACACGCAUCGGACGGCGCCUUCGCAUAGCUGUGGAUGCUUCCAUCUGGUCUUUCCAGGUGCAGUCGGGCAAAGGUGGCUCGAACCCCGCGCUUCGCACCGUGUAUUAUCGCAUUCUCCGUCUCCUCUCGCACAAUAUCACGCCGCUCUUUGUAUUCGACGGCCCACACCGCCCCGCAUUCAAACGGGGGCAAAAGACGAACACGAAGCUCACGCCGUCGUUAAUCCGCCUCUCCAAGAAGCUCCUCAAACUCUUCGGGGUGCCCUUCCACACCGCGCCAGGCGAAGCCGAAGCCGAAUGCGCGCUCCUCAAUCGCGAAGGCAUCGUCGACGCCGUUCUCAGCGAGGACGUUGACACGCUGAUGUUCGGCGCGAAAACGAUCCUGCGCAAGUGGUCCGGCGAAGGGAAGUCCACCGCGGCCACGCAUGUGACGGUGCACCACGCCGACGCGAUCGAGGCUAGGUCGAAGCUAACCCGGGAAGGCCUGGUGCUGGUUGCUCUCAUGCGCGGCGGCGAUUAUCUUCCCGAGGGCGUGCCAGGGUGUGGCAUCAAGACGGCUGUCGAGGCGGCCAGAGCAGGGUUUGGUAAAGAUUUGUAUGAGGUGAGAGCCGAUGAUAAGGGGCUCAAGGAGUGGAGAGAACGAUUGCAGCAUGAGAUGGCCAGCAAUGAGAGUGGGUGGUUUAAACGCAGGAAUGGGAAGGCCAACGUCCCCGCCGGGUUUCCGAAUAAGGAGAUAUUGGGGUGGUAUGCCGAGCCUAUGGUGUCUGACGCCGAGACGGUGGAGAGGCUGAGGGAGGCCAUCGUGUGGGAUGAGCAGGUGGAUGUGGUUGCGCUGAGGGAGUAUACCAGAGAUACCUUCGAGUGGAGAGGUCCUGGCGGUGCAAACAAGUUCGUGAGAACUCUGGCGCCGGUUGUAUUGGCGCAGCACGUAUGGGACCGGAAUACGGAGAUGUGCAAGUUGAUUGAAGCCAUGCACGGGAGGCGCAAUCAUUCUUCGACCGACGGGCUUGUGGAGAUGCGAAUCUCAUAUACACCGGUCGCAGUCAUCCCGAUCAACAAAGAACUCGAGGAAGAGGACGACCAGGAAGAACGACGCGAGCAAGCUGGCGUACUCGAUGACGACGAUUCGGCAUUGAUGAACGAUGGCGAGGGCGGGAAGAACUGGAAUCCUCUCGUCGCGGAGAGAAUCUGGAUACUGGAAUCCUUCUUGUCGCGAGGCAUGCAGGACAGGCUCGACGAGUACAAUAGCACCCAAGCAUCAAAGCCAGCCCCAAAGGCUAAGAAGCCGCCAGCGAUCAAUACCACCACCGCUACCAGGACCAUAACAACCAGAGUCGCGACCAAGACGCCCACUACAGCGACGGCCAAAGAUGGCCUGGUACAGCCUCCUAUUACCCGCCAUCUCAAGCAGACAAAGAAUAGUGGAAAUUCGUCGCCGACAUCAAAAGGACCAUCUCGUCCCGUCAUCAGUACGGUCACUAGCAGGGCAGGUAGCCGAGCAGCCCCUCCGGCCGUCAACAAGACUUCCACUUCGCCAAUCAAGAAAGCCCCGAUUCCUCCCUCACCAACGAAGAAGGCCCCGAUCCCCUCAUCACCAGUGAAGAAGGCUCCUAUUCCUCCAUCACCAACGAAAAAGGCGUCGGCGCCUCCACGCACUCAAACCACGCAGACCAAACGUAGUGAGCCUCUACGCCUCACUGCUUCGCCCACCAAGGUUCCGGCUUCACGCGCGUCUUCGGUCGCUUCCCCAACCAGAGCACCACGCACUACUUCUGCUGCGGGAUUAUCGCAGAGCAAAGCGCCUGUUCGACCCGUUCGACCCAAGUCGAUGAUCGCGUCAUCGCAGUCCAAACUCUCUGCAUCGACUACAAGUGAUCCCCGAAAGGCUGUGGCGAUCGAUACCCGGAGAAUUGGAGCAAGUACUAGCAAGUCAGCUCGACAAACUCCUACGUCCCCGUUGACGCAAGAACCUCAAUUCGCCCCCUUGGUGGCAGAGGAACCAGCGGAGACUUUUGCGGCGGAGUCUCCUAUUGUGGAAACUUCCGUGGUCGCCACCAAAGAGCCAGAAGUGGCCCGCGACGCCUCCCCGAUACGUGGGCGCCCGGUGAAUCGCUUCCCACCCCAGACCCCUAUCGAACGCGUAAUAAAGGCGAUGGAGGUCAUUGAUUUGACAUCGCCUUCCCCUAUUCGUCCAUCCACAACGUCGACGCAUCUGCCACUCGAAGAGAUCGACCAAAUCCCAGCAACGGAGGGUUUGUCGAAAUGGAUGGAAGGCGUACGUAUCGCCACGGCAUCCCUCGAGCCGAGGCCGAAGACUCGAACGAAGACGCCGCCACCAAAACGGCGACCGUCUCCCGGCAUCGGUAAAGUGGCCUCGGGCUCUGUCGCCGCCCUCCUCCGCAAUUUCGAGACCAUUGUUAUAUCACCCUCCCCAGGCCCUUGCGGAUCCGCACCGGCAACUCCAAUCAAAGUUACUAGCAAGCCGUAUUUUGUCGAUACUUCUGCGAACAAGGCAACCACCAAGCCGGUUGCUGCUGCGACUCCUAUCAGAGUUGUUAGUGACCCGUUGGCCCCUGAAGUUGUGCAGAACAGCCCGCACGUCGUGGUCCGUCGUCGCGGAUCGAAGAAGCCACCGAGUAGGGAGGGUGGAAGUGAUGGGUCGUCAGAGCCUGUUGAGGAAUCGGUGAGCCCGUCCGUCAUUAUGGCACAUGCUGGCAAUGUGGUUAGGCAGGAGCCCUGGGCGGUGAAGGAGGGACCCGAGACUGUCAGAGUUGUCAUCAAGGAGUGGAUUGAGGCUGGAUGGGAGGUGGCUGGUGAGAGUGAUAAGGUCACAGAGGGGUGUACAGUUUUGGAGGCCGUUCCGGUGGUGGAUCUCACCUGCGCUUAAACGUAGGUGUUUUGCUAGAGUACUUACUUAAUAUUGCUACAGGCUCACUAAUUUGGGGGGAGUACUGUAUGCCAACUUUUUGUGUGCUUUUCUUUGGUGUUUG